AUGCACGAACGAACGCAAGCCCACAGUCUGACUGAGCUCAUGUGGCUUCUACAGCACGCCCCCACGCUCAACAGCUUUGCAAUUACCUUCAAAGUGGCAAAUCAUGGGGCAGAAAUAGUGGCGGGUGACUAUGCCGCUGGAUUCACUGCUCGAGAAAUGCUAGCAAAAGCGUGCUCGCCACAGUAUCGGCUCGCUGGCGAUAUUCGGGGAACCUCAUUCGCAGAACCAGAGACUGCCAACAUUCCUACCAAGUCCAAGCUCCGACUAACUCGGUUGAGUGGGAUUUUUGGGAAGAAGCAGAAACGCCACUUGUCCCAGGCUUCAACAUCACAGAAGACGACAGAGUCAAAUAAUACGAUUUCCCAAGUUAUUCCCAAGCCCAACGGCUUCUUCCAUACUAUCAGCACGGCAUAUAACAAGCACCAUAUCCUUGUCCUCCGCCCAGACGAUGUCUGGUUGGCCAUUCUCGUUCAAUUCAAUUUCUUCGUCAACGCCAAUUCAGAACUCCUUCGUGCCAGCUUUGUCGCCCAUGAAGGUAGCAAGACUCUCACAGUGAAGCGAUCUGCACUUGCUGAUUUUGGCGAGUUUGCGCGGGCCAUGGUUGAUGAGAUGGAGAAAAAUGUCGUCGAUCCGACGUUACGCAAAUGGGCUCUUCCGGACUUCAGCACCACGACAGAGCGCGACACUACCGUCGCCUCCAUAACUCUCAUGGCGACACUCAAAUCAUAUUUCCAAUAUGUCUUCUGCAGCAUUGAUUGUGGCAUUCCAAGUGUUACACUUGAAGGGGAAAAAUCCGACUGGGAAGACCUGCUGCGGCGGGCGGAGAAGUUAAAGGAGUAUACAAUCGAGACAAUUGCAUGGUAUCAUCUUCUGGUUCCUGUUCUCUCGCGUUUCGUCCAGUCAUUUGAGGAGCCCACUGCCGACAGCACCAUCGACUUUUGGCAGAAAGUUGCACAUUUCCGGCGCGGCGGAAGUGGACCAUCUACGUAUUCAGGGUGGCUGAGUGCGUUCUGCGUAUUCAAUGAGAAAGGAAAGUGGAUUGGGUCGUCACUAACAAAGAACGAUUUCUCCGCUAUUAAACCACCAGAGUCGCUCAAGGCGAAAGACUUUUGGGCGACCUAUCUUGAAUAUCCCCAAUUCGUCACUGACCACCUUCACCUCGAUGAUACGCCCUAUCAUCUCGUCGAUGCCGCCAACAUACCCCCAUGUUACGCUGAGGUCGAUGCCCUUCUCGUUGAUCUUAGUACAGGCGAGAAAAAACAAGCAGCGAUGACCGCAGGUGUCAUUGCGACCGAGGUGUGCUCCAGCAGCGACUCGAUGGAACCAGCUAGUGGGUUCUCCGGUGAAAACGAUGUGGUCAAGCCCUUGGUCGGGUGGUGGCUUUUCAACAAGCUCGAUAAACCGGCGGGGCCAGGAACGGGAGAGGGCUUGUAUGGUGAGGAGGAGUGGUGA